UGACAGAAAUGGCGUUAUGAUGUAAACAUCCGCGGAGCGACACUGAGCUUUAACUGAGGAGUGAAGCGGCGACCCGCAGCGACCACAAGUGUUUACGGCCAGUCGGUGAUUACAGACACUUCAGUUAAGCCGCGGAGCUAAGGCUGUUUUAGCCACAGAGCUAAGGCUGUUUUAGCCACAGAGCUAAGGCUGUUUUAGCCGCGGAGCUAAGGCUGUUUUAGCCGCGGAGCUAAGGCUGUUUUAGCCACAGAGCUAAGGCUGUUUUAGCCACAGAGCUAAGGCUGUUUUAGCCGCGGAGCUAAAGCUGUUUUAGCCGCGGAGCUAAAGCUGUUUUAGCCGCGGAGCUAAGGCUGUUUUAGCCGCGGAGCUAAGGCUGUUUUAGCCGCGGAGCUAAAGCUGUUUUUUGCCGCAGACAAACAGUCUCCGACAUGGACUUUCACACCACCGGAUCUGGAGCCUUGCUGUUGACGGGCAACAACGUGCCCGCUUUUCUGACUAAACUGUGGACGCUGGUCGAUGAUCCGGACACUGAUCCUUUAAUCUGCUGGAGUCCAAAUGGCAACAGCUUCCAUGUGUUUGACCAGGGCAGAUUCUCCAAAGAAGUGCUUCCUAAAUACUUCAAGCACAACAACAUGGCCAGCUUUGUGCGGCAGCUCAAUAUGUAUGGUUUCCGUAAAGUGGUCCACAUUGAGCAGGGAGGCUUGUUGAAGCCUGAGAAAGAUGAUACAGAGUUCCAGCAUCCGUACUUCAUCCGUGGACAGGAGCACUUGCUGGAGAACAUUAAGAGGAAGGUGACCACGGUAUCUAAUAUUAAACACGAGGAACUGAAGCUAAGCCCAGAGGAUGUGACCAAAAUCAUCUCGGAUGUGCAGCACAUGAAGGGAAAGCAGGAGUCAAUGGACGGCAAAAUCAGCACCUUGAAACAUGAGAAUGAAGCUUUGUGGAGAGAAGUGGCCAUGCUGAGACAGAAACAUACCCAGCAACAGAAAGUUGUAAAGAAGCUCAUCCAGUUCCUUGUCACGCUGGCACGGUCCAACAGAGUUCUUGGGGUGAAAAGAAAGAUUCCUCUGAUGCUAAAUGACAGCAGCACAACACACUCCAUGCCUAAAUACAGCAGGCAGUAUUCUCUGGAGUCUACACACAGUCUCCCUUCCCCUGGAGCGACAUUCACAGGAACAGGCCUCUUCUCGAAUACUGCACCGGUCAAGACCGGCCCGAUAAUCUCCGACAUCACCGACUUGGCUCAGUGCGGCCCCGCUAGUGCUGAAGAGUGGAUUGAGGAUAGGACAAGUCCAUUGGUGCAUGUGAAGGAAGAGCCUUUAAGCCCCACCCACAGUUCUGAGGUAGAAGAAGUGUGUCCUGUGGACGUGGAGGUUGGGGCAGAGUCCAUUUUACCUGCAGACACGCCCCUUUCUCCCACCACCUUUAUUAACUCUAUUCUGCAGGAGAGUGAACCAUCACCUGCCCCACCUCAGCUCUCAUCACAACAGAAAUGCUUAAGUGUGGCAUGUUUGGACAAUUGCCCCAAGACGUCUGAGGUGUCCCGUCCUUUUCCCAGCCUCUCCUCUUCGUCUUCUCACCUCAGAUCACUUCCACGGAAUGAGCUCAGUGAGCAUCUGGACAGCAUCGACAGCAGCUUGGAAAACCUACAGGCGAUCUUCAACAAGCAGACCAUUAGCUUUGAUUCCUCACCUCUCUUUGAUAUCUUCAGUUCAAACACUGGCACUGACUUCGACCUGGACAGUCUGGCAACUAUUCAGGAGUUGUUGUCCGAACCUGCCAAAGACAAUGAGUGCACUGACCACAUUGAACCAGGAAAUCAGCUUGUUCAGUACACGGCUCAGCCCGUGGUGGUGUCCGACCCCAUGAGCAGUGACAACUCGGGUGAGGAUCUGCCCAUUCUGCUGGAGCUGGAGGGAGACUCGUAUUUCAGCUCUGACCCUACUGAUGAUCCUACCAUCUCACUGCUGACCACUGACUACCAGCCUACAGUACCUGAAGUCCCUAAGCUAUAGUAGAAAAAAAAACAACAGCUCAACAAACAGCUUAUAAUGAGUCAUCUGUGUGGGGGUUUAUUUUAUGUAGUCUUUAUUGUUAGAAUAAUGUGUUAGUCAUUGUUUUCUUUCUUGUUCUGUUUGCUCUUUUUAAAGUUUGAACCCCCUGACAGCAAUAUAAGAAUCUUUCAGUGCAGUUUUUCCGUGUCCACAUUGGUUAUGAAACCAGUUCAUGUUUCAUUACGUAGCUGCACAGCAGGCGAGUGUUUAAAAACCUUAUCUGGACUUCUCAGAGCAGGACCGCUCCAUGGUCAUGACUAACACUUAGUCUACUAACACAGGAAAUGAGUUUAUACAGACUGACUCGUUUAAUCUUAAUCAGUCUAACAAUCAAUUAACGCUGUGCUGAGAAUAUUUAACAAGCAGAACCCUAUACUACAGUUAUAUGUACAGAAUCAGUUAUAAAUACACGAGAGCUCCGCUUGAGUUGAGGCUUUUACUAACCUACAUAUCAUAAUGAAAUAACAAAGUGUGUGUGGGGGGUGUGUGUGUGGGGGGUCUGUCUGUCGGUCUGUGCUUGUGUGUGGGUGGGUGUGUCUGUCUGUCUGUGUGGGGGUGUGUGCCUGGGGUGUGUGGGGGUGUGUGCCUGGGGGGGGUGUGUGUGGGGGGGGGGAUCUCUUAUUACUGUAGCUUCUGAGGUCAGUCUCUGCCCUGAACUCUAAGCUUCCUCUUACAUUUGUAUUUUAGUGUAAUGGUUUUUAAAAGUUGCCAAGAGAUUUUAAUUUGCACCAUUAAAGCUGUUGCAUCAUCUCACAGAUAUUUUAACAGGAGUUACUCCAGUAGAGCUUCACUGACCAGCUGACAUGGAGAAUAUAAGGUUUUGGUGCACUGAGAUUAUUAUUUUUUUGACGUGAGGAAGUUAAUCUUGUGUCUGGAUGACUUUAAAUUGUGCUGUGAUCCAGACCCUGUUUCACAAUGGCUUCAUAUUUUGCUUGAUUUUGAUCAUAUUUUGAUGAUUGAGGUGUAAAUAAGAGUGCAGGUGAUGGGGAGUGAGUGCAGCCCACAUGACUCCACAUCACCAGCUCAGGCUCUAACGGCUACUCUGUUCAUUUCCAGUUAAAGAUGUAUAGUAGAAUAUUGUAGCACACUCUAGGUCCUUGUUUUGUCAGCCACUGGUACACAUUCAUUCUAACAAGAGGCUUAAAGCA